UGAUUACCCUCAGGUUUGGGGGAAAAAAACUGGUUCUACGACCAUGUGGCACUCUACUGUUUAUAAUACUGUUGAUUUCGUUACGUAAGAGCGUUACGACUUUUGGCGCAGUAAGCUUUUUAGUUUUUAUAUUAUUUAGUUCUCCCUAAUAUCAAAUACAGCCACUGAUGAAUAAAAUUAAAUGCAAGUGCAUUGACGUAUUAGCUGCAUAAACAUUCCAAAUUAGCCGAGCAAAGCGUGUGUUUAUGGCGACACUGUUGAUGUAGGUUUACAUUUUCCGCGCAUCUUAAUACAUCGCACCACCUUAUUGCGCACCUGCUAAUAAACUGACCCAACAAGACGACGACUUUGCUGUGGCUUUAAUCACCUGUCUAUUGGAACGAAUAUCCAUAUUACAUGCAGCGGAAGAAGAAGAAGAAUCUUAAGAAAUGCAGAUGCAGCCGCAGCCUGUGAUUGACGUUACUGUGUCAUUAUUUUUCCGACAUUUUUUCUAAGAGGAUGCCGAAAUUUCUGAAUGCUUCUUCUAAAACCACAAGCGCCAUUUUUGAAGCGUUGUUUGUUUUUUCUUCACAAACAAUAGGUAGUAGCAAUUUUCUAUUUUUUUUUGUUUACAAUUCCGAUUUUGCCAUUAAGUGGCGCAAUGCUGUGAAAACAGGCUUCUUGCUUUUUGCACCUCAGAAAAGAGAAUUAUUCUUGAGACAUAGAGGCUUUGUUGCCAGUAGGCGCUGCGAUUGAAGAUUGUUUUUGUGCGUGCGAGAUAUGGAUUAUCGAUGUAGACGAUGUCGUUUUGUACUCUCACUCUUAAAUAAUUGGAUAAAAAACGAUUUUAGAAAAUAUUUACAGAUUAAACUGUUUGUGCCAUGAAAGAGAAAGGAUUUAUUUAUUAAUUGCAUGUGUCAUGAAUCUUUCAAUCAAUAUCACAUGAAUCCAUCAAUCAAUAAACCACCGAGAGCAAUUAUAACAAAGGGCGAUGGUUUACCUCUGACAUCUGAAGAAUGAGCUGUAUUGAACUGCCUAGGCCGAGCAACUUGCUCACUGUCAACCCAUUGUGUGGAAAGCCGAAAGAAGGCGACAUCUCGUAUCAGUUGUUGCUUGGUACGUCCGCAUCCUCCGUAGAAUCUGAUACAUUUUCAUCCUAUGCUAGCCAAAAAUCAGCCAGUGAACCACGAGAGGUAGCACUUAACUUCUACACAGAAGAUGGUAAGCAGCAGAGAUUGGUGGUUGAAGAGAAUCUCAGAGUGCUCGACUUAUGCCAACUUCUUGCCUUGAAGUUCAAUGUUUCAAGAUCUCCUACGUGGACAUUGGCUGAACAACUUACUUCACUUGGGAUAGAACGCAGCUUAGAAGAUCAUGAAGACAUCUUGCAAGUAUAUGCCUCUUGGAAUCGUCAAAAAGAAACAUCAGAAAAUGAAAAUAAGUUCAUCUUUAAACAAGAUUUUUGUAAAUAUGAAUUUUUCCGAACACCUCAGCAAUUCUUCCCACUUUCCAUGCUUGAUUUAGGAUCUAUACCAUUAGAUUGUCUCUCAGAAUCACCUGAUUUGGCAAAAUUUGUUACCCUUCAGAAUAUAUUGAAUAACGGAGAAAAGUCACCUGUUGUUCAAAGUCUUCUAUGGUGUAAAGAACCAGGUAAAGAAUCUUGGAAAAGAAUAUUUUUUCGCAUUGAAGGCUCAACUCUAUGUUUCUCAAAUUCAUCCUAUUCUUCCAAGGAUGGAAAACAACAGUUUUGGCCGUUUCGUGAUUUAACAGAGUAUGAAAUUUACACACCAAUUGAGAAUUCCGGUUCUGCUACACCAACAUCGUACAGCUUCUGCCUAAAAAAUACGUCUUUUCCUGAAGAGGAUACUAGAAAUCUCCUUUGGCUGUGCUGUGAGAGUGAGAAGCAUCGCCAAUGUUGGAUUGUAGCACUGCGAUUAGCUAAGUAUGGCAGGAAAAUUCGUGAGAAUUACAAAGAAGUCCUUACACGUUAUGCAGAUAGUCCAGUUACUUCCAUGGAAAAUAGGGUGUCCAGUUCUGUUGAUUCUUUACCAGCUGACUACACACCAAUGAAACCCCGUGUGGCAAUGGAUUUUACUGGGUCUCAAAGCCGUGUAGUAGAAGAUCCCCGCGAAGCAAAAGCAAUUGAAGCUGCUGAAGGCCAUACGUGGAAGCGUCGCUUGCCUUACUGUCGAGCUCCUGGUGGAAAUUCCCCACAAAAUUUGAGCUCCAGUCCCUCUGCUAGACCGCAGUCAGAUAUGGGAGUCCAUUUCUUGCAGCCUUGGUUUUACAGGGGGAUGUCUAGAGAUGAAGCAACACAUCUGUUGACCAAAUAUGGCACUGUUGAUGGUGUCUUUUUAGUAAGAGAGAGUAGACGUAAUCCCGGAAGCUUUGUUUUGUCGUAUGUUUACAAAAAUAAAGUCCAUCAUUGCCAAAUAUUUCAAGUUGAUGAAAAGGACCAGCUUUGUUAUUCUCUGGACAGUGGACGUACCAAAUUCUACGACCUUAUCCAACUGGUCGAAUUUUAUCAACUCAAUGUUGGUUCCCUACCUACCAAACUAACUCAUUUUCUGGUCCACCGGCCUCGUUCUAACGGGCAGGCAGAAAAUACUUCUUAAAGGGACAUAAGUGUGUGUGUGUGUGAAUCAUGAAGACAACAUUCCCAGUGGCCUGUGAUCGUUUCUUUGUAUUAGUGUGCCUGUAGUCGAGUGCCAAGUCAAACCGGUUGAGAGAAGGACCUGUCCAAAAGGGCAGCAUGUUUCAAGACCUUUAUUUUUGUAAAAGACGGGGAUAUUCAUUUGGAAUAAAUUAAACUAAAAAAAAGAAACUUUCUUCUGUGUAUAAAUUAUGAACUAUAUUUUAAAGAGAAAAAAUUGUGCUCAAUUUUUUUCUUAAUGGCAUAAAAGUCAUUGCAAUUACAGGGUUUACACGAGUUCACAUUUAACCAUGCUGAGUUGUUUUCUCUUGUCAAAGAAAUCUCAUCUUUCACUUCCAUGCUGUUUAGUUGUAUUAUUAUCCAUCUUAUUUGGUUUGACAUGUGUAAAAUAUUCCAUCCAAAAAAUCAAUCAUCUGCCGAGGACUGAAUGUGGUAAUGUGAAUUCGAGAACUAUAUAUAUUUGUCAAAAUACUGUAUGUUUUUGUAUAUUUCAGUGACAUUAUAAUAACUUUUUUUUUCAAUGAGCUAUUUUAUAUUUUUAAGGAAAAAUUUCAUUUUAAAACUUGAUGAAAAAUAUUUUCAAAAUCAGUAAAAAUGGCUUCCUUUUUCAAAUUUUUAAAAAAUGCGAGCAGUUUUAUUUUGUAUUUGUUUACCAUUUAUUGUAACCAUUUUUUAUAAAUUUUCGUAAUUCAUUUGACUUUCUUGUAAACAAGCUUUUCAACAUUGAACACAAAAAGUAACUAAUUUAUGUUGUAUUUUACAGCAGCAAACACUUUUAAGUCAAUGCUGCAGAUAAUAAAUUAUAGUCUUAAAUACAUCUUCAAUCAAACAUGUUAACGCAUGCUGUUGAAACUGAGUUUUGGGUAUUGUAAACAUCGAAAUUAAUAAUAAUUUAAACUGUUGAUGCACUAUUGGACAUUUUCAUCAGAAAAAAAAUUCCAAUUUCUAAUUCACGUGUUGAAAGCUUUUUAAAUCUACUUAGGAAGUCUUAUUUAAAUAUCUCAGUUUUUCGCAAUAUUUUUCCUCAUCCUGCUGAUAUUAUUCAACAAUGUUAAAUAUAAUGAGGAUAUUGCCGCAAUGUUAAACCCUGUUUAAAAGAAGAAGAAAAAUUAUUUGCUGUCCUUACAGUUGACGGUCCUAUCAUAUCUUUGCCCACCUUAAUGUUGUAACUCUGGGAGCAAUAUCAGAAAGUAUGUUGCACUUAAUAUAAUUACUCAUCUGUCCUUAUUUAUUGAAAUAUUUUUUUAAAACUUCCCUGAAUUCUUCCAAGGGAAAAAAAUCUUGCAAUUUUACAUUGUCAGCAUCUUUUGCUGUGUAUUUUAACAUAUUUAUUCCAUGACGUCAUGUGUGCUGAAUUUCUUGUUGCUUAUGUAUUUAUAGAAUGUGUCUUUAAAUGAUGUGAAUUUUAAACAUAUGAUCAACUCGUUAUAUUUUAUGGAAUUCGAGAGUUGUGUGCUGUAGACUUCUUUGAAAUGAUACUAUUAUGAGGAUGCAAUACUGCAAGAAAAAUGCUUGGUGGUGAAUUCUUUUCACCUACAUAAAUAGUUUAAAAUAUAGAAAAAUUAAGUUCAGUUAAAAAAAACAAGUGCUGAAUGUUAAAAGGCAAACAAAUUAUGGCAGGUAGUUAUCUUGUAAUAAUUUAUUUGCCUUUUUACUUGGGUUUACCUAAACUCAAUUUUCUCUAAACUUAAAAAUUUUAACAACCGAUAGAGGUGAAACAGAAUUUACCUUGAAAAGUUUCUCGUGUGGUGUUGCGUCCUCUUAAUUAUUUACAUUUAAUGUUCACAAGUUUUGUUUUUGAAUUUUCUUUUAAUGUAAUGCUCUUAACGUUUUCUAGUGUUUAAAAACAAAUAUAUUUUUGAUGUGAAUGAGAACAUAAAUGGUUUUGUUUAUAAAGAAAUUUAGAAGAAUGACAUUAGUAUUAAAAACUCAAUUACUAACUCAACUUGGGUAGUAUUUAUUAAAAAAUGAAAAACUAAGUAUUAUGAAAGAACUAAUUAUCUUCAUUUGUUUUGCUGGUAGGCUACGAUAUAAUUUGCAGAUAUUGCAAAUGUAUUACAGGUAAUGAUUUUACGAGCUAAAUAUUCAGAUAAUGCUUUGUUCAUUUCAGAAACCACUCAACUUUUUUUAAAAUAAAAUAUUUUAAAUAUUGUUUGCUUCUUAGUAAAAUUAAAAAUAUGCAUGUAUUUCAGUCAUCAAAGAAAUCUGUUAAAUACAUGUAAAACAAAUAGUUUACAUGUAUUGUAAAUAUAUUAAAAUACAAGUUAUUAAUUCAUUCUUUUUCAAAAUUUAAUCUUAAAAAAAAGCCCAAUGUUAGCCAGAUUUAAAAGUGAAAUAUAUUCUUUAGCUGCUUUAAUUUUGCUUGAGUAUGCUUCAAUUUUGAAAGAAAAAAAAUAUUAAAAUGUUUGCAUAAAUAUUGAAAUAAAAUGUAAGUAAAAAAAUAAUUGAUGUAUUUACAAAUAAUAAUUUGCCAACCAAAUAUGUAUUUCCAUAUUGUUAAUUGUUUCCAUAGUGUUUAAUUAUUAUCGUUAAUUACUUAGGAAAAAAAUUUAUUUUGACAGCUAAAUUCUGAUAAUUGAGACUGAAUUUUGGAGCAUAAACUCUUUUAAAUGCCUUAUUACUUUUAUUAUUUAUAAUUACUUUGCAAAGAAUAUUAGUACAUUGCCUGGAAUCUGAACAUAGCUGAUACUAGCUUAAAAAUAUCAUUAUAAUUUAUUCUUCAUAUUUUGAGAAUAGUUCUUUUAAAAAAAAUUCUAUUUAAAGUAUGCAUAAAAGCAACUAGUAACUAAGGCAAUCCUAAAUUUAAUAUUAUGAAACUAAUUUUAAAAAUUUUAUGGACAAAUCAUUAAUUUUAAAAAAAUCAUUUAGAGGUAAAAUUAUGAUAUGCUAUUAUCAAUUAAAAAAUUAUAUUAUAAAUUCCUAAUCCUACAUUGAAUAUUAACUUUUAUUUACCUACUUCAAAGUAUAAUUUUAGACAAAUGUUGUAAUGAUUAUAUUUAAAUAAUUAUAUAAGUAUUGGGAAAAAAAGUCAAUGCAUUUUAACUUACUUUUUUAUUGAGGUAUAUAUUUUGAGAUUUUAUUAAGAAACUAUGAAAGUAAUAAAUUUCGGUAACAAACAAAGAUUAAAAUUACUGUACCAAAUUUUAGAAAUAACUGGAGAUAUUUGUUUUGAUCUCACAUCUUAUUUAACACACCUAUAACAUAUUUAUUAUGGUAAAAUAAUGGUUGGUUUUACCUGUUAGUGCUUCUUAGUGAAAUAUAUUUUAAAACUAAUGUAUUUGUAUCGUUGUGUUUAGUUUUCUCAUUUGCAAAAUUACAUGUUGUGCUAACACUUUAACAACCAAUUGCCAAAUUAUACUUUAAAAAACUAUUUAUCAAAAUACUUUCUGUAAGAAAUGAUUAAUGACAAUCAAUACUUUUUCAUUGCAUGCGAAAGAUAUUCUACACUUAUUUCUUAACUGUUCUUUAACACUUACUUAUGUUAAUUAAUACACUAGUCAUGAGCAGAGCCUGUUUAACUGUUGUGUUUUCUCUGUAAAUAUUUGCAUUAACAUUUGUUGUUAUUCGAAGUCAGGAAAGUUUUCUCAGUUCUGUUACUUAGCCAGCCCUGCUAGGAGGAAGACAAGCACAUUUCAAAAACCAGAAUUUGUUUAGAUUUUGAUCUAAGUAGAGGCAAAUAUUUACGUUUUAGUUGGAAACACGAUUAACAGUUAACUUUGCUAUGUCACUAAAUUAAAAGAUGACUAGUUGUCUAUUAUGUAUCAGAACUAUUAUAUUUAGUGUAAAAAUAAAUUGUGUUCAAAAUCUAACUUUAUUACUUUCCCUAAUUUAAAAUAUAUGUGCUAAAAAUAAGAAAUAUAAAGUUCGAAAACCAUAAAAAGAGUAACAAAAUGACUCAUAAUUUCAUGUAUAGAUAUUUACGCAUCUCUUAAUUAAUGUUUCAUUCUGAAAAUGUGUUUUAAAAGUAUUGCAUAUUCCAUCGAACUAGUUCCUUAAAAUGAGAGAUUUGUUAAAUUAAUCCAACAGUUGUCAUAGUCAUAACUGAACAACAUUUCAUGUUGGUAAUUGAAGUAGUUUCAUCUUGAAAAAUGUAUCUAUUCUGCAUGUUGCAGUCUACUUAUUGUUCAAUGUCAUUUUUUUUUUAAAAAAAAAAAGUUGUGCAGCUAUAUCUCAUUUAUCUUGUGUCAUUUUAUUGUAAAAAUGUCCUCCAACUUGUAUUUGUUUAUCCUAACACGUGAUUUUCGGCAGUGACAUAAAUUUUUUUUCUUCCUAAAUUUCUGGUGAGGGUUCAAAUUUUUUCCUGGCUGUGUAUUCAAUUUUAUGUUAUGAUUGAUAUUAAACUUAAAUUGAGUAAGAGAUAUUAAAAUCCUGGGUUUGUUUUGUCUUCGUUUAAGUAAAUUAAUAAACCUGUUCCUGGGUAUUAGGAAAAUAUUGGAAAAAAAAACUCUAAUAACAAUGCAGUUUUGUUGUUUACUGUGUCAUUAAAAACUGCAAACCUUGCACAUUAGCUCAGUAGAAAACUGCAUUUUUUUCUUUUUUUGUUUAACCUUAUAGUAAUUUAUUAUACUGCAUGCUGGAGAAAUUGCAUAUUCCAAGUCUACUUGUUAAUUACAAACACAACAAGGAAAAAACUCAGUAGUUGAAAAUGCUUAUUUUAAUUUUUAACAAAUAAAUCGUUAAUUAUUUGAAAUUAUUGACUGCAUCUUGUAUCUCCUGUAAUUCAAUUCCCCAAUAUUGUUCUUGGUAAUUUCUACUAGCAAUUUUUCAAUAAUUAAUUGUAGAUUACAUCUACAAUUGAUGUUAUUUUUUUCAAAUUAACUUCUAUCUUCUAUAAUUAAGAACUAAAUCAAUGAUUUGUAUCAAUGAUUCUUGUGCUGAUUUGAAUCAUUGUAUUAUAAUCUGUUGAUUUGAAUCAUUGUAUUAUAAUCUGUUGAUUUGAAUCAAUUAAUUAUAUGUAGUUGAUUUGAAUUGAUUAAUUAUAUUCUAAUGAUUUGAAUAUACUUUUCCUAAAAUGUAUUGGUUUGUUUUAUCACCGAUUCCGAAAAUGAUUCCAGUCCAAUGAUUCUGUUGAUUUGAAUUAAUUGAUUUUAAUGAGUGAUUUAAAUCUGUUCAUUAUAAUUCAUUAAUUUAAAUAAAAACCAUUGACUCAUUUGAUUUGAAUCUAAGAUUCCAAACUGCCUAUUAAGAUAAAAUCCAUUGAUAUGUAACUGAUUGAUUUAAUUUGUUUCACUUUGAUGAUUCACUUUCCCUAGUUCUAUCAUAUCUGUUUGUUUUUUGUUUUUUUUUUGUAAAUAUAUUUAUAGGUAAAAUGCUAGAACACUUUUUAUGUGAUUUUUAUGAAAUGUGUAUUAGCUAAUUUUUUUAAUCUUCAUCAAUUAAUUGCUAUUAUUAUAACAUACUCUUAAAACAGUUACUUUUUGUAUAAAUUAUUUUUAUUUUUACUAAUGUUUGUUAGUAAAGUUUUAAUAUUAAUAGCAGUAUUGUGUGAUAUUAUUGUAAAAUCAGCAAUAAUGUAAUAUUAAACUUUGUACUGCUAAUGCUAGAAUAUUUUUAGAUUCCAGUUUUGAAAGUCUACAAAGAAUUUAAAAUUAGUAACUAAUAUGUAUAUAUAUUAAUGGGUUUUUUUUAUGUUUAUGAAAAGCUUAUAUAUACUUCAUAUUUGCCAUAAAAAAAUAUUGGUCAAUUUUACUUGUUAGAACAUGUAAAUUUACUCUUAUUAUUCCUGAAUUUUUUUAGAAAUUUUAUGUUUUUAAAUUAUCAGAAUACAGUGGACUUUUCUAUGUGAUAUAAGUUAUGAAAGAUAGAUAGUAAAAAAUUAGAUAUAGAUUAUCCUUGUUGAUUUUAUUUUUAAAUUAUUUUGUUUUUAUAAAUAGGUGAAUUCUCUAUAUCUUUAGAACAUAAAAAAUUACAAUACUUUGUUUGUUCAAACAAUGAUAAGUCCCAUGUUCAAACUAUUACUAAAACAAAAUUUUAGAACUUAUAUGGUUUGAAAAAAAAAACUGAGUUUGAAUGUAGAUAUUUUUCUGUAAUGCUCUAUUAUCUAAUACUAAUUGUGGGAAAAAGCAAUAUUAAGGAACAAGUUGAUGUAAAAAUACCUACUUGGGGGGGGGAUGUGGCUUAUCACUAUAUUGCCCCAAUCCCAUCAUUUAUUAAGAAAGGAUAUGUGCAAGAAUGCUACAAAUAAAUCCACACAUAAACAUCUAUCACCAAAAAUGGCUGGUUUUUGGCAAACAUAAAGAUUGGGUUUAAGAAAGUGAUAUUGAGAAUAUUGCAAACAAUUAUUUAAUAACUAAACCCAUACUUUAAAAAAUAAUAAUAAUCCAUUUAAAGAGAGAGAUAAACUUCAUCUAGUAAUUUUGAAGCUGUUGGCUAUGAUCAUUUUUUAAUAGUCUAUCAAAUAGAAAUAAACGCUAUUGCAUUUUGAUUUCCUUUUCCAAUGACAUAGGCACUAAUGUUUAUAAUUUUUCCUUUCAUUAAGGUCCAAUUUCGGUUGUACUUUUCCCUUCAAUGGGUACAUUGGUUGUAUUUACCACUUGUUAUUGUUAAUUAUUUGUAACCGCUUAGUUUUAAUUAAACCAGAUUUCGAUAAGAAUUCUAAAGCUAUACUUUGUGAAGACAGAUUAAUUUUCCUAACAUUUUCUUUUAAAUUUGCUUUAACUAUAAAGUUGCACUUAUUAUUAAUUUGCAUUUUCCAAUUGAAAUAUGUUUUUAGUUUUAAAGUGAAGUUUUUGUAACACUUAUGUCCCUAUUAAACUAACGUCCACUGUAUUUCAAAAGUAUUAUAAUAAACUUCUAAUUUUGGAGAAUUUAUUACAGGCAGUAUUUUUAAAUUUCCUCGUUAGAUUUUGUUGAUUUACAGAAACUCAAAGCAUCAAAAAAGUUUUUAUAAUUUCUGAAAGCAAAAGAAAAAGAAACACCAAAGUUAUUUAUCAGGGAAGUCAUGUUUGUUUGCGUAUUUUUUUCUUUUCCUCAUUGUCACAUAUUCAGUGUGUAAUUUAUUUCUUUGGUCCGUUACUGUAGCUUUAUGUUUAGUGGAGUUCAAGUACACAUUUCAUGUGUAAAGCAUACAUUUUGUCCUUUAUUAUGUUAAAUUAUUUACUUCUCUUAAUGUUAUUGUAUCAGAGGUACUUUUUUACAAUUAAUAUAUUAGCUUCAGUAGUUUUAUGUAUUUAUUUGAUCAUUGUAAAAUAUUUGUCACCAUAUUUAUGAUUUAAGAGCUAUGUAGCACUUUAUUCUGAUGACUGGUAUUAGUUGCCAGUUGUAUCACCUAUGCAAUAAAUGAUGUUUCUCAGCAA